AUGUCUAACCCUAACAUUAUAACAACGUGUUUAAACCCUGAAGAGAUAUUUGUAUUACUUGAAUUAUUAGGUGAAGGAUCAUAUGGGAAAGUGUUUAAAGCGUGCCAUAAAGUUAAUAAAAACCUAUAUGCAGUAAAAAUUGUAAAUACAUUAAAUGGAGAUUUCGAAAAUCUAAAAAAAGAGAUAACAAUUUUGAAAGAUUGCCAAAGUUAAUUUAUAGUGAGAUAUUUUGAUAGUUAUUUUUAUAAUGAUUAACUUUGGUUGAUUAUGGAAUAUUGUGAAAUCGGUAGUAUAAAUGAUAUUAUAAAAUCAACAUAAAAAAGUUUAACAGAACCAUAAAUAGCAUGUAUUUUAACGAAUACUUUAAAAGGAUUAUCUUAUCUUCACAACAGUAAAAAAAUACAUAGAGACGUAAAAGCAGGUAAUAUUUUAUUAAAUUAAAAUGGUAAUAUUAAACUUGCGGAUUUCGGUGUUUCUACUGAACUUAUGCAUACUUUAGGCUAUAUAGAAACAGUUAUUGGAACCCCUUUUUGGAUGUCUCCAGAAAUAUUGAGCAAAUCAAAAUAUAAUAACAAAACAGAUAUAUGGAGUUUAGGAAUAACAGCCAUAGAAAUGGCAGAAGGUGAACCUCCGUACAACUUUAAUUUAUUUUCUGCUAAUGGAUCUAGUAGUUCUCAAAAUAAAUAAUAAAGUAAUGAUAUUCCAAAAGAGUUGUAAGGACUUGAUGAAGAGACACUUGAAAUGAAGGUUGAAAUAUUAAAAAGAGAUAUGGAGUUAGAAAUUGCAGCAAUUAAAGAAAAAUAUUUAAAAAAAAUAAAUGGAUGUGUUAACGCAUUGAAAAAUUUAAAAAUAUAAAAAAAUUAUUAAAAUAUGAAUAGUGAUGACGAAUUAGAUAUUUAUGAACCAGGAACUUCUGGAGAGGUGUUAAGUUUUUUAAAAAGAAAUUUCAAUAUGCUGAAUGAUUAAAGUGUUGUAAUGAAAAAAAAUGCUAUUGUCAGUAUUUAUGAAAAAAUUAAAUAAUUUAGAAUAAAUGGAAUUGUUUCUUAUUAAAUUAUGAUAAAAUUUCAUAAAUAACUUUUAAAAUGUUUUUCUGAAAAAUCCGAAAAAGUAAGAGAAUAUGCAAUUAAAAUAUUAUCUGAGUAAUUUUUUUGCUUUUAAAUAUAAAUUUUCAUAAAUAAAUUAAUAAAUAGAUUAAUUUCUAAAUGUGAUGAUAUGAAGCCAUUUUUACCUUACAUAUUAUCAAUAAUUACAGAAAGAACUAAUUGCUAAGAUUUAGAAGGAAUUUAAAAUUUACCAGAAGUAAUGAGACCACCACCAGGUUAAAAGCCAAAGAUAUUAAUAAAAUUAGUAGAAGAAUCCGAAGAAGUAAAUAUAAAAAAUAAAAAAUAUAGUUUAUAAUUAAAAUAAAAAAUAUAGUUAAGAAUAUAAAUAUGUUAAUUAAUGCAAAUAAUAGUAAAUUGUAAUAACUAAUUAACUCUUUUAAAUCAUUUAGAUGAUAUAUGUAAUAUAUUAAGAGCUUUAGCAAUGGACCCUUGCAGCGAUGUUUAAAAGAGUGCAUGUUAAUGUAUAUCUGAUUUUUGUAUAAAUAAUAAAGAAAUUCUUUUACAUUUUACAGAAAUAUUAGCUAGAGGGUUAUUAUUACCAUUAAUAAGUAAAAAAUCUAAAGUUAGAAUUGCUGCUUUGGAAGCUUUAGGGUCAGUAUUAUAGUGUGGUAUUUGGAAAUAUAAUGCAAAUGUAUUUGAAAUAUUAGUAGGCUUUCGUGAUCCUAAUACAGUAGCCAUAAAAGACUUUUAUGAAUCAGCUCAUAAUAUAAAUUAUUUGGCUACUUUUAUUACAGACCCUAAAGUUUAAGUCAGAGAUAUGUUUUUAAGAUGUGUUGGAGAUUGGGUUUCGCGCUUAGCUGAUAGAUAUGAUCAUAUGCCUAGAUUAAUACCUUAUUUAACUUCAGGGUUAUUUGAUGAAUAUGAAGAAAUUAGAGCUACAUGCUUCGAAGUUUUAGAAGAAGCAGGUGCAGAAGAAGAAAGAUAAAAUGUAAAAAUUAUAGUGUUUUUUUAAAACAUAAAAAAAAAGGAAAAAGAUUUAAGAGAUAAUAAAUAAUUUGGUAUUGACUCAGAAUGGACUUAUGAUGGAAAAAUAAAAAAUUUACCUCUUCCAGAACCUUUUAUAAAAAGGCCUUGCUUAGGAGCAAGAAUGCUAGUAAGAAGUUAAUUUAGAAAAUUUUAGAAAGCUUUAUAUAGAGAAAUUAAGGAUAGUAAUUUAUCAUCAAGGAUAAGAGCAGCUUAAUUGCUAAGAAUAUCAAUUAUAUAUUGUGAAAACUAUAUUACAUAAUUUUUGGAUGAACUAUUAAGAAUCAUUAUUUGGCAAACAGUUCUUUCUAAACCUGAAGAAUAAAUAAUAUCAUAGUUAGUUUAAGAUACUUUCUUUUUUAUUGGUAGAUAUUGUGAUUUCAAUACUUACUUACCUAUUAUUAAGUCUGGAUUAAAAGGAGAGUUUUUUUAAAAUCAAGAUUAUACAAAAUGUUCAUUUUAAUGUUUAGCUUAAACCGUAAAAGGAUCUUUAGAAGCAAUUCCCCAAAAUUAUGGAUUGGGUAAAAAAAGAAAGUUAAUUGAAGAAGUCUUAGAUAUUAUAACUGAAGAUAUUAUUAUUAACUAAAUUUGUAGUGAAAAUUUCACUUCAGUUGCUAAUGUAUUUUUUUUUUUUUUAUUACUUAUAUAUGCAUAUAAAUAGUUAAUGGAAGGUUUAAUAAAAGGAAUUAUAAAAUAAGGUAACAAAGAAGAAAUAAAGCAAAUUUUAAAUGAAAGAUAUGAAAAGAUAAUUAUUGUUUUAAGUAUUGUUACUUAUAUUUAAUUAGUUGAUAAAUCAUUUAUAAUAACCACUUAAAUAAACCAAAAAUUAAUUGAACAAAUAUAAAUAUAAGCUGAAGAAAGUGAAAUAUUUAAAUUAAUUAACGAUGUCCUUGAUUAUUCAGACAGUAAAUACUAAUUACAUUAAAAUUUAAUAGAAUAAUUAAAAGAAGUAAGCUAAAUGUAUAGUUUUAAUAGUAUUAACUGGAAAGUACUAAUAAGUUAAUUAAUUUAUCAUGUUUUAUAUAGCAAGAAUUAUGAUUACACCAUUAAAAUGUUCGAGAUAGUGAAUUAAUAUGUGAAAAACAGUACAAUUCCUGAUUUGCCGGAUUUUGUAGGAAAACUGAUUUGCUUAUUCGGAUAAAAAGUUAAGCAAAAUUUAGAGAAUAAAAAUGAAGAUAUGACUGUACUUUAUAAAACUAUAUGUGAAGCAGCAAGCGAAACAGUAUAAUUUAUGUAAAAUACACAAAUAAAAAUUUCAAAUAAAUGUAUUGAGAAUUUUCUUGUUUUAUAUAAAUAUUUGAUUGAAGAAUUAUUUAAUAAAAAUGUUUCGAAAAUACUUUAAAAUAAUUAAGAAAAUAUAUAAUUUAAAUCUUUAAGCUAUCUUUUUAGUUCAAUACCUGUUUUGUAUAAAAAAUUAUAUAGAUAAAAAGAUUUAGAAUUAACUAAAUUAUUAUUCUUUAUGAUAGAAAGCUUCAAUUAAUAGAUAAAAAAUAAUUUAAAAAGUUUAUACAUUUAAGAUGAAAAAGACCAAAAAAUAUAUGUUCAUCCUGCACUUGUUGACUUUGUUGUUCAAAGAUUGGAAAAAAUGGGAGAUAAUAUAGAUAUGGUAUUUAUUUAUAUAUAUAUAUAUAAUUAUAUAUAAAUUUUUUCUAAUAUUUUGUACAAAAAGAAAUUAGUUAAUAUAAUUUUCAAUUGUUUGGAACAACUUUUUUCUAAUAUUCCUACAGUUAAAGAUAGUUUUUAUAAAGGUGAAGAACAUUUUUAUCCUUAAUUUGAUAAACUUUAUCAAAAAUUAAUUACUUAUGGUUUAGAUGAAAAGGAUAAUGAAAUUAAAUAAUUGUAUAUUAAGUUAAUUUAUGGAUUGUCAAGCAAAGUAAAAAUUAAUUUUAGAAUUGUAUUUGAAUAAGCUGUUACAAAUAAAUAAUAUGACAGAAUCGAAUUUUUAAAAUGUGUAUCACCAAUUUGA